AUGCUCUCCGUGGACGACUAUGUCGAGCUGUUUAAUAAGUUUGACGGCAACGGCGAUGCUUCAAAGCGGUUGGACCCUGCCGAGCCCAACUUUAAAGGAAAAGACAAAUCCAUUAUUCUAGACCCGUCGGAUGCUCAUUUCGUGGACGUCAUUCACUCGGACGGAACGCCAUUUGUUGGAUUACAAGGCUUCGGAUUAGCAAACCCGGCAGGUCACGUGGACUUCUACCCAAAUGGCGGUCAGCAUCAGCCGGGAUGUUCCCAGGACCCGUUGGGAAGUGCAAUCGGCGACAUCUUACAUGGAGGACUGUCAGGUGUGUCGAAAGACCUCUCCUGUAGUCACGGGAGGUCGCAUGAUUUCUAUGUGGAAUCCAUCUUGUCUCAUUGCCCAUUUCGCGGUCACCCAUGUAACAGUUUUGAGGAUUUCAGCGCCGGAAAAUGUACGGGAUGUGGGAGUCACGGAUGUGCGAUGAUGGGAUUUCCAGCCCACAGUCAAGGGCCCAAGGGCAAAUUCUACCUUGCAACCAGACCAAAGACCCCGUAUUGUGGCUAUGAAUAUUACAUCGAGUUGCGAAUGGCUAGUCGAAACAUGGAGAUUACUUACGGAGAUGUCUUCGUCACGCUGAUUGGCUCCAAAGGACAAAGUGAAGAGACGAGGUUUUUGCGAGGGUCUCAGAAGUUAGCAAAGGGGACAACUGAACGCUAUGUUGUGUCUGUGGCUAAAGACGUUGGAACCAUUUCUCAGGUCAAGAUAAGAUUUAAUCGUGUCACUGGAUUUGUGGCGUUCGGGACAACAGACGACUUUGCUGUGCACAGCAUCACAGUGAGACCGGAAGCAGGAGGAUCUAGUCGAAAAUUGUGUGGACAUGAUGAGUUGGUACAUGGAACUCGUGCGCUGACAUCACAGUCCGGCUGCUGA